AACAGCCAGGACUCAGACCUCUUACUUAUCGAUACCGGUGACAGACACGACGGCAACGGCUUGAGCGAUUUGACAUACCCAAAUGGAGAAUUGUCGUCCAAGAUUUUCAUGAUGCUUGACUACGACCUCAUUACUAUCGGGAACCAUGAAUUAUACAGAGAAGAAAUCAGUAAACACGAAUACGAAAACUUGGUUCCUAGAUACGGCGAUCACUUCAUUUCCACUAACGUCCAGUAUCUGAACGAUGACGACCAAUGGGUCGUGUUUGGAAAUAACACCCAUAGAUAUUUCGAAACUAAAAUCAACAAAUACAAGAUUUUGAGCUUCUCAUUCAUGUUCGACUUCAAAAUGGGUAAUAGAAGAGUCAACGUCAUUCCAAUAGCCGAAAUAAUCAAACAAUCUUGGUUCAUCGAACUUGUCGAAGACUACGCUUCAAAUUAUGAAGUUGAUGCAAUCGUCCUCUUUGGACACAUACCCGUUGCCCAUGAUUGGUUUGAGAUGAGCCAGCUACACAAUUUCUUUAGAUCCUAUUUCCCUUCAACAUACAUUCAGUAUUUGGGAGGCCAUUCCCAUAUUAGAGACUUUUCAAUAUUAGACAACUUGUCAACCGGCUUGCAAUCAGGCAGAUAUUGCGAAACUGUUGGAUUUCUCUCAAUCAAUAAUUUACCAAGUGAGGAAGAAAGCCAGGAAAAAUACAUUUUAAACAAUAUUCAUAGAAAAUACAUCGAUUUCAACCUCCACUCCUUCAUGCAUCACUCCAAUCAUACUGUUUUGGAGAAAUUCAACACUGAAAAGGGCUUAUAUGUGUCGAAAGAAUUGGCCAAGUACAGCAAAGAUUUGAAGUUAGAUGAAGCGUACGGAAUUGUUCCUCACAGUUAUUAUAUUUCUGCAGCCGACUACCAGAACAACGAUGAGAAAUCCUUGUUAAGAUUUUUGGAAGAUGAGAUAUUGAUUCAAUUGCAACCGAAAUCUUGUAGCAACAAGAUUGAUAAGUUACCGGUACUAUCUGAUUCUAACGAUAGAAUCAUUCUGAUUAACACUGGAGGAAUAAGGUAUGAUCUGUAUAAGGGUGAGUUCAAUAGAAAUUCUCUCUUUACCGUUUCUCCAUUCCAAAACAUGUGGAGAGUUUUACCUUCAAUUCCCACAGAUCUUGCCCUCAAGUUGAAAGGUAUCUUAAACGAUAGGGAAUACAUUAUUGAUUCUAAGACAGGAAUCAAUCUAAAAUGCCCAUAUCAUAUCAACAACCGUCUUACUAAUUUCAAAGGUGACCAUCGCUUGCCGCUUUCUUACGGAUACACCACAACCGAUGAUAGCGGAAUCCAUGGCGACGAUACUAUCCACCGGAGGCUACUGUCUUACUAUGUUCCAAACGUCAUCCAAUCACAUGAGGCUGUUUCGAAUGAAUCUGUUAGUGAGUUCACUGAUGUGGUCUACUACGAUUUUAUUGAACCAUUUGUCUUGGAUGCCUUGAGAGAGGCCUGCGAUGGAGACGAAGAGCUGUUUGAACGAUUGUCGGUAGCCGUCCAGUACUACAACGAUUGUCCUGUUGAAUACAACUUGGGCCAAUUGUUGAAAAACUACGCUGUGAACAACUGGAAUUGAUACCCGCUUCACACCAUUUCCUUCUCCCUCCUUUGUUUCUUCUUUUUUUCGUUCCGUUUUACUUUACUUCUUGAUUCCCACGUGUGUCCUUUUUUAAUGCUGUUUUUCUUCUUUCCGUUCUUACUAUCCACUUUACUUCGAUUUUGUACACUUCACGUUUCCUUCGUUUAUACAAACACACACCUAUUACAGUUACCCUAAUUUUUUUCUUCUCUGCCUUUUUUGUCUUUACUUUACGUCUUCUGCAUUUAAAUACUUCCAGAUCUUAUAUAUCAAGAUUAUCUUAACUUUAAUAUCAAAAAUGUGUACCUCCU